UCACAGCAUUUCAUUAGGCUUCUGUAAAAUUUCGACUUUUGCCGCCCAAAGAUGUAUUUUUACUUAGUACUCGGUUUUACCGUAGCAGUAAUGCAGUUAGCAGUCGCAGAAGAUAGUUCGGAAGAGUUAACGCCAGAGAAAAUGGAAGCUGUAAAAAUUCUGCUUUGUAAUAAGGAUUUCAAGGAACAGGGUGAUGAAUUGGAAUCUUGUAUGAGUAUGACAGAUGGCAAUGACAGGCUGAAUGAAAUUGGUAUACAGUGUUUCACUGGUCUCACAAGCUACGACGCUGGUGUAUUGAGACAGUUUUUCUGCGAUAAUGAGCCAGAAGAUAUAAUAAACGGUGUGAUCUGUAUGGCAGAGGCGGUGGAAGAGGCACCUGAUAAAAAUGAGCUUGAGGAAUUUAUGCAGCCAAGUGAGGACUGUGUGAAAGAACUUAUAGAAAAAUGGACGUCUGAAGACUAAAGAUUCUGAAGAAUAAAGAAUGCUUACAUAAUAGUGUCCUUCUUUACUUAAGGCUCAAUAUCAACAUUGACUCCAGUGUUCUGCGACUGGUUAAACCAUAGAAAAAUGUAAUUUGUUAUUGUUUUUGUUUAAAAAUUAUUUAAUUGUAAUUGAAAUUAUAUAAAAUUAAAAUUUAUUUUGUGUUA